CUAAAAAUGGCGGCAGAACUUGAAGAUGCUCGUGAUCACCUCUCUCAAAACACUAGAGCAUCCGUUCGUUUCACGAGACAAGCUGGAUUGGAAAGGAGAAGGCCUUCAAAGCGUCAAACUACAUUAAGAAGCUUCAAGAUUAAUACAAACUGGAGAGAUCGGUCAACGCAAGUCGCCACCACUACAACUGCCAUUUCAAGUCAGGGAUUGCCAGAUGCACUUCCAAGUGGGCAAGAACUAUCUCCAGUGCCACCAACACCAGAUCAAGGCCCUCCAAAGAACUCAAGAGAUUCAUUGAGAUCUCCUUUGAUAGAAAGUCUGGUGGCCUCAAAAUCAAAUGUUACCCACCAUCUUGAGAUUCUACAGGAUAGUUCUCCCAUUAUCCCACGUCAAAGCAGUGUUUUAGCAGACCAUGAGCAGGUGUUAUUAGUUUCUCACUCUAGAACACCUGAUGGAAGUCCAAGUUCAAUUAUAUUGUACAGUUCAGAGGAUGAAACUAAAACAGAUCAAGGAAGCAUGGUGAGAACUCCAAAUCAAUCUCCACAAAAGUUUUUAUCAGACAAGACUCCUGUUUCAGGUCCUGUUGCAUUUAAGACAAGAAAUAGCAGAAAGAGAAAAGGAAAAGUAGCUGAACCAACAGGAGAUGAGGAGAUGGAAUCCUUAGAAAAUGAAUACAGAAAAAAUAACUUUGUGAGAUUGUUUAAUGCUGAUCAUGGAAGAAAAAAGAGAAUGUCAGAGAUAACAGAUCUUGAUGUUAUUCUUACUGCUGUUGAGGAAGAAGCCUUGGAAAUCAGGAACGAUAUUGAGACAACAGCUGGGAAGCAAGCCAUAAAAGAACUCUUCAUACAAAUGAGAAAAACAUUCAGUGAAACUAUUGAUAUUCACAGAGAAAACCAAAUGUUAAAGGCCAACCUGAGAAAGGCAAAAUCCAAAGUUAACAAAUUACGUAAGGAUCUCUUAAGUGUGCAGCAAAAAAGAUCAAGGAUCUUGUUGAAAAUUGAACAAGAGGAAAGGAAGGUGCAACAAAAUCAGGAGAGACAGAAGGCCCUGGAAGAUUUCAGCUCCUUUCUUGUCGACCUUGAGGCAUUACAAAAUGAGUGCAGAAAAGAGAUGUCCUCAAAGAAGGCAUCCACACAAGACUAUGGGUCAUGUGACAACCUUCCAAGUCUGCUUAUUGAAGGGCACAGUUCAUUAACAGCUGCUACUCAGCUUAGAUCUAUCAAUGAGCUUUUGAAGCAAAGACAAUGAUAAGUGUCUAUUAAUUUGAUUAUAAGACAAAUAUUUGUGCAAAUAAACAUGAAGAAAAAAAUUUUAAGACAAGGUUUUAA